AUUUAUAUUAAAAAUGAGUUUGGAAAAUCCUGAAAUCGAAGGAGAAGGAAGUCAAGAACCUGAAGAAAUAGUUGACAACACUCAAAACGAAGAGAAUCCUGAGAGUGAAGAAGCCCUAAACUCCCCUACAGCAGGUGAAAAAACCAAUCCCGCCUCUAUCACAGACCUCACUGAAGAAGAGAAGCGUAAAAGGAGGGAAGAAAAAUUCGGUCCAGUCAAAAAGAACUCUCCGACCGCUAAAGCUACAUGGGAGCCUAAAUAGCGCUCAAGCUCCAGAUAUCCAGGAAAAAAUCAAAAAGCUGAAGGAAAAGAGGUUGCAACAGAUGUACAUUGGCAGAACACCCAAGGAUCUCCAGAACGAAAUCGAUGAGAUCAAGAAGCGGCAGGACAGAUAUGGGCAAACUGAAGAAAGCAAGUCUAAAAUCGAGCAACUGACUGAAGCUAUUCAGCUAAUAGAGCAAAAUAAGGGCAACCCUGAGUUUGAGAUGAGCGCCCUUUUUACCCCGUUGCCUAACGACUCGAAGAGGUUAUAUCAGAUUAAGAAGAAGAAGAACGAGAAAUGGCACCAGAGAAGAGACAAGGACAAGAAUAAGGAAAGCGGUGGCCCGAAGAAGGUUGAGUGGUGGAAGAAAGCUUAG